UUGCAAAAAGGGGGAAGCUCCCGUCCCAGGGCAAAGGACGAGCCGAGCGCGAUCCCGCGGCAGCUAAGCCGGCCUGGCGGAGUCGGUCAUUUGGGCCAGUUAAGGCUGGCCUCUCUCCGCCCCAUCAGCAUCCUUCAGAGAGAAGCAGUUGGGUCAAGUUCAGAGUGGGGCGUUUUGACCCGCUUCUCUCUCCUCCUCCGCUCUGCUCCCGUGGCGCUGCCAUCCUGGUGGGUUUAGGGUCGGAGGAGGAAGAGGAAGAGGGUCUGGGGUGGGGGUGGGUGUUGGCGAGCUGGAUGGCCUUGGGACUGCGGGAAGCCGGAGCGCAGGUCUUCGGAAGAGAUCUCCUAUCGCACCAGCAGCAGCAGCUGCAGCCCGCAAGAUGUGCCCAUCACUUGCACCACCACGAGAAAGGCGCAAGGAGAGACGGACCUGCGGAUGCUUUUUGGUCCAGGCCCGAGUCUCGGAUCUGGACGACGAUGUUGCUGCUUGGAACCUGCUUGCUGUACUGUGCGAGGGUCACCAUGCCCAUCUGCGUGGUGGCCAUGAGCGCUCGCUUUGACUGGGACAAGAAACAGUCCGGCCUAGUUCUCAGUAGCUUUUUCUGGGGCUACUGCUUGACCCAGAUCGUCGGAGGGCACCUGAGUGACCGGAUAGGUGGGGAGAAAGUCCUUCUCCUUUCUGCAUUCGCCUGGGGUUCCAUCACUGCCCUCACUCCAUUGGUCAUCUACCUCGGCUCCGCCCACCUCGUUCUUAUGACCCUCUCCCGGUUCCUCAUGGGGCUCUUGCAAGGGGUCUUCUUUCCUGCUCUGGCCAGCUUGUUUUCCCAGAAGGUGCGGGAAAGCGACAGAGCGUUCACCUAUAGCACAGUAGGAACAGGAUCUCAAGUCGGGACGCUGCUGAUGGGUGGAGCAGGGUCCGUCCUCUUGGAGUGGUACGGGUGGGAAAGCGUCUUCUACUUCUCAGGCCUACUCACGCUGCUGUGGGUCUAUUGCAUGUCCAAAUACCUCCUCAAUGAACAAGAAAUCAUCAUUCCGUUGGAAGACUUCGCCAGCAGCCUCUCUUUGUCGAAACAGUCCAAACUGCCUUGGAAACAGUUGUUCAAAAAGGCCCCUGUUUGGGCUGUAAUAGUAGCUCAGCUCUGUGCGGCUAGCACCUUCUUCACCCUGCUUUCCUGGCUGCCGACUUUCUUCAAGGAAACAUUCCCAGAUUCAAAAGGCUGGGUAUUUAAUGUAGUUCCUUGGCUGGUGGCAAUUCCAGCAAGUUUGCUGAGUGGAUUCCUUUCUGAUCAAUUCAUCAACCAAGGAUAUAAAACAAUCACCACUCGUAAGAUUAUGCAGGUGGUUGGCUCCGGCGUGUCGAGCAUCUUUGCCUUGUGCAUUGGCCAUUCCUCUAGUUUCUGCAGAGCGAUUGUGUUUGCAUCUGCUUGUAUCGGACUCCAGGGCUUCAACCACAGUGGCAUCGCAGUCAACGUCCAAGACCUGGCCCCCUCGUGUGCCGGCCUGUUAUUUGGUGUGGCCAACACUGGUGGCGCUUUGUUAGGUGUGAUCUGUGUGUACUUGGCUGGACAUCUGAUUGAGAGCACAGGUUCUUGGACAUCUGUUUUCCACCUUGUGGCCACGGUGAACAUCCUCGGACUUUGUACAUUCCUGAUCUUUGGAAAAGCUCAAAGAGUGGACACCGAUACUGCUUACACAGAUUUAUAAACACUUCUGUGGAUGGGAUUUCUGUGGAUGGGAUUAACGCCAUCUCAGGAUAACAUGAGCCUGGAAACACGGGCUUGUAUGAGACAGCGGCAGAAUUUUAAGUUGCACAUGGAGAUAAUGAUAUUGGCCAUGGAACGAAGGAAAGCCACACAUUGUUAGAUUGGUUGUGAGGUCAUCUUGUGGCCGAUUGGAUUUUUAACGUAACCUGAGAAAUGGCGUCAUCACCAAGUGGGACCGCUUCUGUUCUGUUCUACUGGAAUAGUAUUUACAGGUGAUUUACAGGUGAAAUCUCUCCCCACCCCCCAAUUGCUGCUGAUUGACACUCAUUGGUUGGCAGCAGGGACCACACAGAUACCCCAAACUGUUUUCUUCAAGAAAGUUUAACUUAUUUUCGGCAGCCUUCGUGGUGGUCCUCCAGGGUCGAUCCGAAGCUGAUGGCAACUGUAUAUUUUCCAAACGUACAAUCUUGGUUUUCUGGUUCAGAGGUCCCUAAACCGAGCAGUCUAAUAAACACUCAAACCCAGUGCCAAGUUUUCCCAGAAAGAACUACAAGAGCUUCCAGAGUUCCUUAAAGCAAUAAUUUCUCAUGUGACACAGGAGGCUGGCCAUUCAAAGCAAAACUACUUCUGUGGGGAAAUUUUCACAGACUGGACCGGUGGAUUGCUGCCACCAACACAGUGCCUUGACUUUGGGGGAAAUGCUGUCUUUCUCUCAUCGCUUGCUAACAUGUAAGGUUGUUAACCCACCAGCAUUUUACUAGUCUGAUUUGUAAGACUCUGUUUUGAAGAAAUGCCAGUUUCGGGUCUGAAAAGACAAGGGCAGAAGUGUAUCAAGGGAAAAUGGAGCCCAGGGCAAAAUCUGAGUGCCCCCCCCCCCCCGGCUCCAUUUUCCCUAGAUACAGGGGGAGGGAGAGAGAGAUUGAGUCGUCUGCCGAUCUCACAGAGGAACGCCAGGUUGGCAACGGCGGCCAGGUCUACUGCCCAAAAGCCAGCCAGGUGCCCAGGUCUACCAGCCAGGUGUGUAGGUCUACUGCCUGAAACCGGCGCCAGCACCCAGGUCUACAGAUUGUAAACCCCUUUGAGUCUCCUUACAGGAGAGAAAGGCAAUGU